CAGGAACCAAACAGGAACCGCUUCUUGUCCACUUCAAACGACGAGCUCUUCUAUCCGUCGAUGUUCAGGUCUCUGCGGGCGGCGCGCAGGCCCUUUGCUCAACCCUCUAGGUCUAUCGCGUAUAAAACUAGAAUCUCGCUGGACCGCAUAAUGUCAGACGACCUACAACCGCUGACCUUCGCCUCGGGACCGUUGGUCUGGAUUGACUGCGAAAUGACCGGAUUAAAUCCUCAGAAGCAUAAGAUCCUUGAGAUAGCUGUCCUUAUCACAAACGGAAACCUGGACCUUGUGGAUCAGGGCAUUGAGUUUGUGGUACACACUGAAAAGGCUGUCCUGGAUGGAAUGGAUGAAUGGUGUACAAAGCAACAUGGAAUGUCUGGCUUGACACGGGCGUGCCUUGAGUCACCACAUACAACAGAAGAGGUCGAGCAGAAGGUGCUCGCAUACAUCAAGAAAUGGAUUCCCCAGACUCGGACGGGCAUCCUCGCUGGGAAUUCUGUGCAUGCCGACAGGUCCUUCCUCGUCCAGGAAAUGCCACAAAUCACCAAUCAUUUGCAUUAUCGUAUUGUCGAUGUAUCUUCCAUUAAGGAACUAUGUCGAAGAUGGUACCCGACACUACAGGUGCCAAAAGACCUGUAUGAGAGCGAAAAUAGCGCGCACCGGUACGCAGAGUCGUGUCAGCACGGACGACAUUCUCACAAAACCCGUAGCGCUUUGAGUGAUAUCCGCGGUUCGAUCCGAGAACUCAAGUGGUAUCGAGACAAUAUUUUCCGUACGCCCGCGGAGCUGGGCAACCAUCUCGGUUCCGCAACGGUGUCCCCGAGCCAUAGUUGACCCAAGCGAUUCGCGGACAGCUUCUCUCUUUCGCUAGGCUAGCACUAUGGUACCGAACACCAACCGAACACGACUCGUUUCUUUUGGGUGAUGCUGAGUACGCUAAACUGUACUUCGCCCCCUCGCGUAGUUGCAUAACGCACGGUUACGGUCGAUAGCCCAGCCUGUUGAAUGCAUGCAUGCAUAUUGAACCCGAUGGGUGUUUGACCUCCCCAGACAUCAAUCAUACUAGUAUACCAGGUACUACAUACCUCACGCCACCUCGCUGGCAAAUUGAGUGACUGCGCACAGAGGUCGUCUGACAUGAC